UUUAAAAUUAAAAUGAAAAUUUUAAUUUUAAAUUUUUUAAUUUUAUUAUUAAUUAAACAACAAAUUAAUUUUGUAAAUGCUUGUUCUUGUUUAAAUAUAACUGUUAAUGAUAUUUAUUGCCCUUCUAAUUGGGCUGCUCAUACUUUAAUACUUAAACGUGAAGAAAUAAAAGAAGGUGCAGUUUGGGAGUGGAAACUUCGCUAUACUGCUAAAUUUUUGAAAGUUUUUAAGGUAAAUAAAUAA